AAUUUUUUAUUGUUCUCCACCUACAUUUCUGACUAUCUCGAUUUUCCUUCUCUUCCUACCUCUUCCCUCUUCUCAGGUCUCACCGUCCCUUGCCAAACCCACUGCUCUGUGGUUCUGCACCACUUCAACCCAACAAACCAAAAAGGGUCGUGUUCAUGAUUUUUCUUUUGUAUAACCCAAAGAUCAAAUUAAUCACUUCUUUCAUUCUCAUUUACAUGGGCGUCUCCUAAUUCUCUCCAAAUGAAAAUUUCAUUCUUGAUGCGGUUUCUACAGCUGCCCGUUUUAACGCUGGUAUUUGCUGUCCAUGUAGCUUUGGUGUCUGGCAUAUGCCAGAGUGAUCAGCAAUCUUUGUUGGUCCAAUUAAGCAACACUCUCGCGUUCAAUCAAUCCAAGUCUACAAAACUGGUGACAUGGAAAUUCAACGAAGAUUGCUGUGAGUGGGCCGGUGUAAGUUGUGAUCUGGGUGGUAAAGUUACUGGCCUCAAUUUAAGCAACGAAUCAAUUUCCGGCGGACUUCAGAAUUCAAAUGCACUCUUUAGCCUUCAAUAUCUCCAGAAUCUAGAUUUGUCUUUCAACAACUGCAGCACAGCUCUGCCAGACAGGUUUGCCAACCUUACACGUUUGGUUUCUCUGAAUUUGUCUAACGCUGGUUUUGUGGGUCAAAUUCCAGUUGCGAUUUCACGCAUGAGAACGUUGGUCACACUUGAUUUGUCUUCUAACCUCUAUUUCUCGGGAGAUCGCUCGCUGAAGCUUCAGAACCCAAAUCUUGCAACACUAGUUUCAAAUCUCACCGGGCUGAUAGAACUCUAUCUUGAUGGUGUAAAUAUAUCCUCACAUGGGAAUGAUUGGUGCCAGGACUUAGCGUUUUCGCUGCCUAAUCUGCAAGUAUUGAGCUUGUCCAACUGUUUUCUUUCUGGCCCUAUUGAUUCUUCCCUUGCACAGCUUCGGUAUCUGUCGGUAAUUCGUUUGGACGGCAACAAUUUUUCUGCCCCAGUUCCAGAAUUCUUCGCAAAGUUCUCCAAUUUGAAAAUCUUGCACCUCAGCGAUUGCAAUUUGCAAGGAAAAUUUCCUCCAAAAGUAUUCCAGGUAUCAACACUAGAGAUUCUCGACUUAUCAUACAACCAUGAUCUAUUGGGAUACUUGCCAGAUGGUUUGCAGAAUGCCUCUCUUAAGAAUUUGGUGCUCAGCUACACAAAUUUUUCAGGGAGACUGCCAGAUUCCAUUGGUACGCUUAGGAAUUUGUCUAGAAUAGAGCUUGCAACUUGCAAAUUCAAUGGAUCGAUUCCAAUAUCUAUAGCCAAUCUCACUGAACUCGUCUAUUUAGACUUCUCAUCCAACAUGUUCAGUGGUCCAAUCCCAUCAUUUGGCAAGUCCAAGAAACUCGUGUAUAUAGACUUUUCUCACAACCAAUUGUCUGGUGAGAUUCCGUCCAAUCACUUUGAAGGCCUUUUCAAACUUCUCUAUAUCGACUUGAGGUUUAAUUCACUUAAUGGGAGCAUUCCCUCAUCUCUGUUCGCAAUCCCAUCGCUGCAGAAGGUUCAGCUUUCGUUCAACCAAUUUACAGGUCAAGUUCCUGAGUUCUCAACUGCGUCAUCUUCUUCAUUGGAUACCCUGGAUUUGAGUAGCAACAAACUAGAAGGGCCCAUUCCCAGUUCAGUGUUUGAUAUCAAAAGACUCAACGUCCUUAUACUUUCAUCCAACAAAUUCAAUGGCACUAUACAACUAGACGGGAUUCGGAAGCUUAGUAAUCUCACCAAGAUUGAUCUUUCAUACAACAACUUGACGGUGGAAAAUGCUAGCAAUGCGACCUCAUCUUCCUUUCCCCAGCUCAGCACAUUAAAAUUGGUUUCUUGCAAGCUGCGUGUGUUUCCUGAUCUAAGCAACCAAUCAAAAUUAAUCAUGUUAGACCUGUCAGACAAUCAAAUAACUGGGGUAGUUCCUCAUUGGAUUUGGAAAGUUGGUAAUGGGUCUCUCCUCUAUCUCAAUCUUUCACAUAAUCUCUUGGAUGAUCUGGAACAACCUCACUCUGCUCCCAAUCUUGUUGUCCUGGACCUACAUUAUAACCGGCUCAAAGGGGGGAUUCCAACUUUUCCACCAACCAUUACUUAUGUGGAUUACUCGAGCAAUAACUUUACUUCUGUCAUACCAGACAACAUUGGUACUAACCUUUCUGUGGCUAUUUUUUUCUCCCUUUCAAACAAUAGCCUUACAGGUGUUAUACCGAAGUCGAUAUGCAAUGCUACUAAUCUUCAAGUUCUUGACUUGUCUGACAAUGGGUUGAAUGAUACAAUACCGGCCUGUUUAAUUGAAAGGAGUGAGAAUCUUGGUGUUCUGAAUUUAAGGAGAAACAAGUUCAGUGGCAAUAUUCCUGAAAAUUUUCAGGAAAAUUGCAAUUUGAAAACUCUAGACAUGAGUGGAAAUCUAUUGGAGGGGAAGGUACCACAAUCUCUGAUCAAUUGCACCACGUUAGAGGUUUUAGACCUUGGAAGCAAUAAAUUCAAUGAUGCUUUCCCAUGCCUUUUGAGGAACAUGUCCAGUUUGCGAGUUCUUGUUCUGCGAAAUAACAAUUUUUAUGGGAACUUAUUAUGUCCACAGAUCGAUGUCAAAUGGACAAAACUUCAGAUUGUUGACAUAGCUUCCAACAAUUUUAGUGGUAGACUGCCAAAUAGUGUCUUAUCUAAAUGGAAGGCAAUGAUGGGAGAUGGAAAUGAAACCCAUGAUCACCUGAAAUUCACAGUCCUACGGCUUGGUCAACUGUAUUAUCAAGAUUCAAUAACAGUUACCAGCAAAGGCCUUGAAAUGAAUUUGGUGAAGAUCCUAACAGUCUUCACAACCAUUGAUGUCUCUGGCAACAAAUUUGAAGGGCCAAUACCAGAAAGGUUAGGGCAAUUAAAUGCACUUUAUGCUCUCAACUUGUCACAUAAUGCACUUGUUGGUCAAAUCCCAUCAGCUUUAGGCAACCUCUUACAUCUGGAGUCCUUAGACCUUUCAGAUAACAAACUUACUGGAGAAAUUCCUCAGCAGCUUGCAAAGCUAACAUUUCUUUCAGUCCUGAACCUCUCAAACAACAUGCUAGUCGGAAGGAUUCCUACAAGUACUCAACUCCAAUCAUUUUCAGCAGCUUCCUUUGCAAAUAAUGAAGGAUUAUGUGGAGCUCCUUUGGAAGAAAAAUGUCUAGAUACCAGUGCAUUACCGACUGCAAGGCAACAAAACCCAAGAAAUGAAUUUGAUUGGCAGUUCAUAGUCCCUGGACUGGGUUUUGGGGUAGGGGCAGGAGCUGUUGUUGCGCCGUUAAUGUUCUGGAAGAGGACAAAUGAAUGCUUUGACAAGCGUAUAGAUAAAAUUCUUAUGGUGCUUCUUCCAAUGUUGGGAUUGAUAUACUACACAAGUGAUGAUUGGAGAAUUGAACCUGGGGAAACUUUUGAAGAAGAUACCACAGAUGUUGACGAUAGUGAUGAAGAUGAAGAUAUAUUUGGAGGACGGUACUGUGUCUUCUGUACAAAACUCGACAUCACGAGGAAACAAGCCAUUCAUGACCUGAAAUGUACUUGUUAUCACUCACCACCCGUAUCUUCUUCUUGUUCUUCAACUUUUUCUUCCUGUUCUUCCGGUUCUUCACAGGCACAAUAUAAGCAAGGGAGAGAGAAGCUGUAAUCUUUCUUUCUUUCUUUCUUUCUUUUUUACAAUUUUUCUCUUUUUCUUGUUGUAUAAUUUGUAAAUAGCACAGAAAGCAUCAACCCUAAAAUAGGGGUGAUGAGAACAUAAUCUGAAUUGUUUUGCUA